GCUGCCGUGGCAAAGCGCUCGUCGGAAUAACCGGAGGGGGGGGAGGCUUUUCUCGUUUUCUUUUUGGGGGGGGGCUUCUUUUCUUUUUCUUCUCUUCUUUGCUCGUUCCCUUCUCGACCUUCAGCGGACCCACCCCCCAAAGCCGGCUGUGUGCCCCGGGGGAGGAAGGAGUCGGGUUGAAAUCACACCGUGAAACAUGCGAUUUCGCGGCGAGCUCGGCGUGCGUGUGUGUCUCUCUAGCGCCUGCGACAAAACGCCGUCGGGGAGUUCGCGUGCGUCCGCGUGUCCACGGGGAGGUGGAGGUGGAGGCGGAGGCGGCGUCUAGGUGCCGCGGACGACGCGCAGCCCUGUCGAGUUUCGCCGUGUUUCGCAGCCCCGCUUCGUCGGAUGCCAAGUAAAGGUGUGUGUGUGUCUGUGUGUGUGCGUGUGUGUGUGUGUGUGUGAGGUGAACCAGAAGUGGAGCGUUCAAGGGCACCGACCGUAGUUCUUGAGGGGAAGGAAACGGCGGGACACGACAAGCGUGGCUUCUCCUCCGCGCUUCUCCUCCGGCCGGCCGGUCGACUGUUUCUCGGCUCUCGGCGGCCAAUUCCGAAAGUAGCCGCCCGUCAAGGAUGCAGGUGAAAAAGCACAGGGACCCGGCCAGGAGUGGCGGCGGCGGCGGCGGCGGCGGCGGCGGGGGGGACGCUCUCCGGCGGGAUGCCCCCCGCGCCAACUCGUCACGUUUCUCCAACAUCAAGAUAUUCCUGCUGUCCGAAUGCGCCCUCAUGUUGGCACAGGGCACCGUGGGAGCGUACCUGGUGAGUGUUCUUACCACGCUGGAGCGGCGGUUCAACCUCCAAAGUGCUGAUGUGGGGGUGAUAGCUAGCAGCUUCGAAAUUGGCAACCUGGCCCUCAUCCUGUUUGUCAGCUACUUCGGAGCCAAAGCCCAUCGGCCCCGGCUGAUUGGCUGUGGGGGUAUUGUCAUGGCACUGGGCGCCCUUCUCUCAGCCCUGCCAGAGUUUCUGACCAACCCGUAUGAGAUACGGGACACGUGGAGGACUAAUAUCGGCCGGGACGUCUGCACCAACACCACCAGCGGGGCUGCCCAGCAGUCUGAAGACAACCUGUGUGCCAACAAGGCCAACACCAACAUGAUGUAUCUGCUGCUGAUCGGGGCCCAGGUCCUGCUGGGGAUAGGCGCCACACCCGUUCAGCCCUUGGGGGUGUCCUACAUUGAUGAUCACGUGAAGAAGAAAGACUCGUCGCUCUAUAUAGGAAUACUUUUUUCCACCCUGGUGUUUGGGCCUGCCUGUGGCUUUAUCCUUGGAUCCCUGUGCACCAAGUUCUACGUGGAUGCUCUCUUUAUCAACACCAGUGAGUUGACCAUCACCCCCGAUGACCCCCGGUGGAUCGGCGCUUGGUGGGCGGGCUUCCUGCUAUGCGGUGCCUUACUCUUCUUCUCCGCCCUGCUGAUGUUCGGCUUCCCCCAGUCGCUGCCGUCACGGGAGGACGAGGGCAGGGCAGACAGCGAGCAGGCCAUGCUUCCCCCCACUCUCAGCCCAGACUACGCGACGCCCAAGCCCAGCAACGGCGUGGCGAGAACCCAUGAGCCCGCCAACAGCCCCACCUGCUGUCAGCAGCUCAGAGUGAUCCCCAAAGUGACCAAGCACCUACUCUCGAACCCAGUUUUCACUUGCAUCAUCCUAGCUGCGUGCAUGGAAAUCGGGGUGGUGGCCGGCUUCGCCGCCUUCCUGGGGAAGUACUUAGAGCAGCAAUUCAACCUCACCACCACCUCCGCAAAUCAGCUCCUAGGUAUGACAGCCAUCCCAUGCGCGUGCCUGGGCAUCUUCAUGGGCGGUCUGUUGGUGAAGAAGCUGAACCUGUCUGCCCUGGGAGCCAUCCGCAUGGCCAUGCUGGUCAAUCUGGUUUCCACAGCCUGUUACGUGUCCUUCCUCUUCCUGGGCUGUGACACGGGCCCUGUCGCUGGGGUCACGGUCACCUACAUCAAUGAGACACUACGAGUGGGCCACAAACCAGAAGCUCAGUGCAACAGUCACUGUGGCUGCUUCACCGCCUCCAUCAGCCCUGUGUGUGGCUCCAACGGCGUCACCUACCUGUCUGCCUGCUUUGCCGGCUGCACCAGAACAGUGAGUGCAGAUACCUCAUCAGCCAUCUCUCAGAACUUGACAGGGUGCACUUGUAUACCCAGUGAGGGUAACUUUGGCACGGCGGUUCAAGGGAAAUGCCCCAGCCCAGGCUGCCAGGAGGCUUUUCUGAUCUUUCUGUGUGUCAUCUGUGCCUGCAGCCUGAUUGGAGCCAUGGCCCAGACGCCCUCUGUCAUAAUCUUAAUCAGGACCGUGAGCCCCGAGCUGAAGUCAUACGCCCUUGGAGUGUUGUUCCUUCUGCUCCGACUCCUUGGAUUCAUCCCUCCCCCUCUGAUCUUCGGCGCCGGGAUUGACUCCACAUGCCUUUUCUGGAGCUCCGAGUGUGGCGACAAAGGUGCUUGUCUGCUGUACGACAACGUCACGUACAGGCACCUGUACGUGAGCCUCGCCAUCGUCCUCAAAGGCAUCGCCUUCCUCCUUUACACCACCACCUGGUAUUGCCUGCGCAGGAACUACAAGAAGUACAUCAAAAGUCACGAGGGCCACAUGACGCCGACCGAGUUCUACCCCUCGCUCACGGACAUGGACGGUCCCAAACUGGUCGACAGGACAAAGUUUAUUUACAACCUAGAGGACCACGAGUUUUGUGAAAACAUGGAGUCGGUUUUAUAGUGCGCACGGCGACGGGACGGGGCCGACGUUGAAUAUUGGUGUUCUCUUGAAGGAGUAUCUCGGAUACUUCUUCUGUGGUUUUUGAAAGGGUAAAGAAGCGUUUUGAUUCGAGGUAAUCUAUUUAAUGGCCCCCUCAGGUAGCAGGAGACUUUCCGCUGCUCUCAGCUCCGCGUCCUGGUUAACCUCCGGAAGGGGGGUCCGUUGUGGUAGUUUACCCGUCGGCGGGCCUUUGUCCGGCACCGGCGAAAUCCAACGUUGAGCCGGUGGUAGACGACGGGUCAAACCCUGUCCGGCUUAGUCCCGAGGCCCCGGUUGGGUCGCCGCGCGGUCGAAACACCGUCACCACUGUAGUUGCCAUACUCUCGUAGGUCUGCCGGGAUCCCGGUCACCCGUAUGAAAGCGGCGGUUUUUCGUCCCGGUUGGCGGGCUGUGCGUGUGCCGCCUGCGCCCGUCUCAGAAAUGAGCCGGGGCGUUUCAAAAAAAGGCGGGCGGUUUGUUGGUGUUUAAAAAGUUGCCAAGUGUUUACAAGCUAAUAGGUCAUUCUUCAACACGUUUUACUGCAGUGAAGCGGGGCGCUUUCUUACGGAGUACAGACAAAGGUUGUGUAGGGGGGUUGUUUUAAUAGCCUGUACGACGCUUCAGGAGUCGGAAAAUUAAAAGUUUAAUAAUAGAAAGUAGGAUGGUGCGUUACGUCAUCAUGCACUGUUCAGAUUUUUUUUGUUCUUUUGCUGGAUUACAGACCCUGUCGUCGAGGCCGCUCAGACCGGACUGCGGGGGUCUGUCUUUUGUAGGGUGCACAUGUGCAAUUCGUGUCUAAUACGAGCAUUUUUUUCCUCUUUAGCCUUGCGUCAGACCGCAGGAUUGCUUUUCAUCAUAGUCGUACGCUGCAUUUCCGUGUUUUUUUUUUUUAUCUGCAGAAAUUAUUCAGCCUGUUAUGUCUUAAUAAGGGAUUAUCCAGAUAAGAAAUGUUAUUUAUAUUUUCUUUUGGCUUUAGCGCCUAAGUAGCGAAGCAAAGAGGAAGGAGAAAAAAAAAAAACGAGAAUAUUUUUGUGUUUUGACAUUCAAAUUGAACAGAUUAGGGUUAAUAUAUUUCUUUCCUUAGGCUCUGAAUGUUUCGAUAAAUUUUACUUGAAAGGACGGUAUAAAAGCGGUGUCUGUCAGUGAACGUGUUUGCGGUUGGUAUCGCAGUUGAUUUGGGUCGGUGUAUAGGAAUGAAAUAGGUGUGUGUGUUGCAUUGUGGGGACGUGACGAUUCACCAUUUGUUUCUCCAGGCUGGUAAAAACCUGCAAACCCCUGAGGCGGGCGGAGCACAGAACCGUAAAGGAGGCUGUGUGUCUGCGCGCUGUCGGACGAGGUAAACCGCAGCAAAAAACAAACGACGACGCAGUCCGAGUUUUAUUUCUGGGCAUAUUUUAGGAACACUUUAAUGCUUUCUUGGCACUUCUGAGCUAUUAUGUUAACGGUCUCUCUACAGUUACAGUUUUCACAUUGUCCCUUUUCUUACACUUUUUGUAUGGCAACAUAUCAUUUAUUUUACUCUGGAAAUAAAUUAUUUUUCA